AUGGGGCACAUUGACAAGGUAGCAGUAAGAAUAGCACCCCCCCACACACACUCGCACCCGCUGCAAGGGUCUCCAAUCUUGGCCAGGAGGCGGCCACGCAGCCCCCUCACCACGUGUCGAAGGAAGCCGCCGGGGGUUUCCCCGCCCCGCGCGGCCACCGCCCCCAGUGGGCGGAGAGCCCCGCAGCCUCCCCGCCCCCCUGCCUCGGGCCUGGUCCCUCAGCGGCCCCUCCCUCCCUCCCGUCGGAAUUCGCAGCCUUCCCGGUUCUUUCCAUCCCCCAGCGGCCUCCCUCGGGGUAUUACUUUGGGGGGGAAAGACAGAGGCGUCGAGGUGGCGGGCUCCACACUGGCCCGGCCCGCAUUCCCAGCGCCUCCCGCUCCUCGCCGCGCGGCAGCCGACUCCUCUAAAAUACCCGGGCGUCGCCGCGGCCUCGCUCCCGUCCGCGCGCAGAAGCCGGUGGGGCCCCGAGAAACCUUAGGCACGACUUCUUCCCUACUCAAUAUUGAUAUAAAGCCAACAAAGAUUGUGAUGGCAUGGAUAAUGGCACUUCAGGAAGAACCCACUAUACAUGAACAAGGUCUAAGGACUGAACCUACCUGCUUUUACUGAACCAUUAAGAAGUUAGAUUUUUUGCCGGCUAUGGUGGCACAUGCCUGUAAUACCAGCGGUUCAGGAGGCUGAGGCAGGAGGAUCAAAAG